GCUGUUUAUCAGGACUUUACCCCACGAAUACACCAGUGUUGAGGCAGUCACUGCUAACGACGCCAGCCUUGAUCUUGUCCUCUCCUCUUCGUCUGCUCCUCGGUGUUGAAGAUGUCUCGGACAGCUGUGCUUGUUGUCCUCUUGUCCGUCGUGCUGGCUUGUGUGCACGCCGGAGUAUUUUUUAACCCGAAGCAGCCGUGCUAUGUCCGCAAGCCCACCAGAAACAACUUUGGACUGAAGACAGCUCCUCGUCCUCAUGAGUACAUAAACAUUUCUGAUCUGCCUAAGUCAUGGGACUGGAGGAACAUUGAUGGCAUCAACUAUGUGAGCACGACCCGCAACCAGCACAUUCCCCAGUACUGCGGCUCCUGCUGGGCCCAUGGUAGCACCAGUGCUAUGGCAGACCGCAUCAACAUCAAGCGCAAAGGGGCGUGGCCGUCUGCCUAUCUGUCUGUCCAGCACGUGAUCGACUGUGGUGAUGCCGGCAGUUGCAACGGAGGAGAUCACACCGGAGUUUGGGAGUACGCUAACAAACACGGGAUCCCAGAUGAGACCUGCAACAACUACCAGGCUAUAGACCAGGACUGCAAACCCUUCAACGAAUGUGGCACCUGCACCACCUUCAACGUGUGCAAUAUUGUAAAGAACUACACCCUGUGGAAAGUGGGAGAUUUUGGAGAGGUCAGCGGGAGGGAGAAGAUGAUGGCUGAGAUCUACGCCAGAGGACCGAUCAGUUGUGGGAUUAUGGCCACAGAUACGCUGGAUGCCUACACCGGAGGCCUCUACUCUGAAUAUCAGGAGAGUCCCUUCAUCAACCACAUCGUGUCAGUGGCAGGAUGGGGAGUGGAGAACAACGUUGAAUACUGGAUUGUACGCAACUCCUGGGGAGAGCCAUGGGGUGAGAAAGGUUGGCUCAGGAUCGUGACCAGUGCCUACAAGGGAGGAAGUGGAAGCCAGUACAACCUGGCGGUGGAGGAGGACUGCAUGUUCGGAGACCCAAUCGUCCCCAAGGAGUACCUGUAGAGGACACCGGUAGCUGCAGUAUCAGAGGUCGUCACUGCACACUCGCAUUUGUCUUCUUGUCUCGGGCAGAGUAAAACUUUUUAUGAAAAAUGUUGAUAAGGGAAGAUUUUACUUUAUACAGAUGUUUGUUAUAUUAUCUGUUACUCGGGGAGGGGAAAUGGGAGGGUAUUUUCUAGCUGGAUAUCAGACCUGCUUGAAUCAAUGCAGAUGUUCUGAUUAAUUUUUGUUUUUUACCAGUGAGGUCUGCAGGCAGUGUAAUGGUCAGAAACAUUUACAUUGAAUGGGAGGAGUGAAACUGUACAAUUGAUUUCUUUGCUAUUUGCAAAAUUAAAGUACUGCAUGCCGAGUGGCCAUUACAGACUCACAGAAGACAUUUACCUUAAAGAGGCCAUAGACAGCUUUUCAUAGUUUGGAUUUUUUAAUACAUACUGACUCAGCCAAAGAACAGUUUUUAUAAUUUGUCCUGUACGGCUCCAACGCUGAAUGUUUUCAGUGUGUGGCGUUAAUUUAUUGAAAAUAUUGCACUACAACACUGAUAAAGGAUUUGUACACACAAACUGAAAAGAACUUUACGUGUGCCUUAUGUGAACUUGCAGUCAAGUAUAGGUUUAUGUAAUUUGCCAUUUUUCACGCUGAACAAUCUACACAUCAGAAAUUAUGCAAGAAUUGCAACCUGUUGUUUAGUGUCAAACUUUGCCAAUAAACCCAACAUUUAAAAGUGA